AUGCAGCUUCGCAUCUUCUCUCUUUUGCCCCUCGUGGCUCUGGUCACUCUGAUGCUGAGUGCGGCAUCGCAGGUGCACGCCUGGAACAAAGCGACCCGGCAGCUCGAGGACCACGUCGAGUCCAUGAAUGGUCACAUUAAGACUUUGCACUCGUCGUUUGUUGCAUACCUCGGCGGUGACCUGUGAGUAGGCGUGACGCCAGCUUGAAGAACAACGAGCAUGGCCGUAGAGUAGAGGACAGCUCUCGAGUUGCUUGACUGCUGACUUUCUCAUCUGCGCCACGCAUGCAGUGGUCAAACUGGCACCGCUGUGGAAGCUCUGGGCAACUUGACCACCGACCUUCACUCUGCCUCGAACGACUUGUCCGUCUUUGAGAUCAAAAUUCAAGGAGAGGACGUCAAGGACAUCCUCGCCGGUCUCCAGGUUGGGUGAGUGUACGCAGUGGUGCUUGGCCAGCAGAUGAUCGCCCCUAGUGCUGGUGAAGAUGCUGAUCCGCUGCUCCGCUGCACGAUUGCAGUCAGACCGAAGUCAGCAAAGUCGUGAAUGCUCUCAUCGGAGCCAAGGAACUCUUGAAAUCGAGUGGGAACGACUUCUUCAUCAAGCAGUUCUUGCCCCCACUCGGACGCGCCUUCAACGGCUUCUCGACUCUCGUGGCUAUUCAGGCCGACAAGAAGUAUGCCAAGGCCUUGGACAAGACUUCUUCCGGAACAGUGGCUUGGAUCAACUUUGGUCUUGUCAGCUUCGGCUUGGCUCGCAUCAGCGCCGACUGGCUCCCGAGCUUUGGCCCUGCUCCCUGCGACAGCUACAACGAGGACAAGCAGCACUGCAAGAAGGUUGCGCUGGCUCCUUUGAAGAAGCGUGGUCUGACUCCCGAGAUUCGUGCUGACCGCAUGUGA